AUGGCGGAAUUUGAGGCCAUGGACCUAGAUGCACAGUUGGACAGACUGGAGAAACUCAAUUCCACUCCAGGCAAAGCAAAGUCCAAGGCAGUGGAGGAGGCCGUGGAGAGGCUGAAGAUUUGGCAAUCUACUGAGCUGGAGCUGGAUGAGGAUAGGGAAGCCAUUGAUCAAUUGAUGAAGGAUCUGGACCUGCUGCACAAGCAGAACAUGGCUCCCAAACCCAUACUCGAGAUGAGCCUUGGCCUGGCAAGAGAUGUGCUCAACCUUCACGACCACUAUGAGGAUCUCAAGCCUACCUUCAAGACCUCUGAGUUUUGCAAAGCCAUUCACGAAGCCAACUUGGUUGAUUAUGCCAAGCAGAAGGAAGAAUUGGACCAGAUGGUCGCGGGGUAUAAGGAAGCUAAGGGUACUGUAGACAAGUUGGAGAGGAAGAUUGAAGAGCUCCAAAAGCAACUAGCAGAGUGCAGGGAGGUGCAGAAUAGACUCGGGGCUGGACUGAGCUCCAAGACCAAGGCUACUUUCCUUGUGCAGAGCAUGGUUGCAGCUUCCAGGCCCGCUUUGGAAAUUGCAGAGGCUUCAAUCCACCAGGGGGUGCUGCUUCAGAAAGAACUAUCCAUAAAGAAGGCUAAUUUGCAAGAAACCCUUAGGAAAUUAGGGUUUUAG